GAGAGAGAGCAGUGAAUGAGGCGAGGUGGCACUAGCACCCAUUGCACUUCUGUACUGGUCAAGACAAGUACGAAGCUGGAGGUGAUAAGUGCACUCUUGUAAUAUAUAAAUGAAUCUCUGCUUUGUGGUUUCUUGAUAAUUGAUAAGCGAGUCUUUAACCCAUUUCAGUGCUCAAAAUGAAAAACUACUUUAGGUGACGGCCGGGUCUCUUUCACUUUUCGAGUCUUGUUCACUUCUGGGUUUUACCUUAGAUUUUUAGAUACUUCAAUACUCAAGGAGAGACACAAAGGGCUAGAGAGAGAAAGAAAGGAGCUUUGAUGGCUGGUGUACGGUUACAGUGGUGGGGCUUGAAUUUCAGGUCUCUUGGAGCAGUUUUUAUUUGUUUUCUUGGUGUAGCAUCGAUAAUUGUUGUAGCAGAGACAAGAUUAAACCGAGAAGGUUUAGUUGCCAAUGAGAGUGAAGAGGUUGAAUCUGGUUUCAUGUUGAGAGUAAUCAAUUUCUUGUGGCAGGAAGGUCAAUUGGGUUAUACUCAUGUGUGGCCGGACAUGAAAUUUGGCUGGAGAAUUGUGGUGGGUACAAUAAUUGGAUUCUUUGGAGCAGCAUUUGGGAGUGUUGGAGGUGUUGGUGGGGGCGGUAUUUUUGUUCCCAUGCUCACCUUGAUUAUUGGAUUUGAUGCAAAAUCAUCCACAGCAAUUUCAAAAUUUAUGAUUACCGGUGCAGCAGCUUCAACAGUUUACUACAAUUUAAGGCUUAGGCAUCCUACACUUGAUAUGCCCAUCAUUGACUAUGACUUGGCACUCUUGUUUCAACCGGUAUUGGUGCUUGGAAUCAGCAUUGGUGUCUAUGACUUGGCACUCUUGUUUCAACCGGUGUUGGUGCUUGGAAUCAGCAUUGGUGUUAUAUUAAAUGUGAUUUUGGCUGACUGGAUGAUCACAGUUCUGCUAAUUAUUCUCUUCAUAGGGACAUCAACCAAGACUUUCUUAAAAGGUGUUGAAACAUGGAAAAAGGAAACCAUAAUUAAAAAGGAGGCUGCUAGACGUUUGUUAUCAAAUGGUGAUGAUAAUGAUGAAGUGGAAUACAAGCUUCUUGCUGGAGGCUCGAGCAAUGGUGCAGGACCAGAAUCGAAGGAGAAAAAAGAAGAGGUUUCUCUUUUUGAGAAUGUUCAAUGGAGGGAACUCGGAGUUCUCUUUGCUGUCUGGGUGAUUAUCCUUGCAUUGCAGAUCUCCAAGAAUUAUACAUCAACUUGCUCAGCAGCAUACUGGGUUCUCAACAUAUUGCAGUUUCCAGUUGCUCUAGGAGUUAGUGUCUAUCAGGCAGUUAACUUUACAAGGACGGAGCGAAGAUUAAAUCCAAGGGAGAGCGCCGGCCACAAAUUUAAAAGCUACAACCAGUUGGUUGAUUCUUUAUUGCUGCUGUGCGAGUAUUGGCUGGCUCUUUAUUGCUGCUGUGGAGUAUUGGCUGGUGUAGUUGGUGGGUUGCUUGGUCUUGGUGGAGGAUUCAUUUUGGGGCCACUUUUUCUGGAAUUGGGAGUCCCUGCACAGGUUUCAAGUGCCACAGCCACAUUUGCCAUGACAUUUUCUGCUUCCAUGUCAGUCAUCGAGUACUAUCUCUUAAAACGUUUUCCCGUUCCUUAUGCUUUAUACUUUGUUGCUGUGUCCACCGUCGCGGCCUUUGUAGGGCAGCACGUUGUAAGAAGGCUUAUCAGUAUAUUAGGGAGAGCAUCUAUAAUUAUCUUCAUUUUGGCAUUCACAAUAUUUGUGAGUGCAAUAUCCCUAGGUGGAGUUGGCAUAGCAAAUAUGGUAGAGAAGAUUGAGAAUCAUCAGUACAUGGGAUUUGAGAACCUCUGUACCUAUGAAUCCUAGGCUUGCUUUUAUUUAACCAUUAUUUUUCUUUACAUUCAAAUUUCUCAUAUAGCAAUUUGUGAAUCCCAGGAUGUUGGCCAAUCAAUGCAAACUAUCCUGGUGGGAAUAAUGGUUAGCUUGUGCCAAAUUUUUAUGUUUCACAUGUACACCACUCAUGGCCUGGGCUUUGGAUAUUUUACCACUAGAAAUUUAAUCUGUUGUAGUUCGCAAAUGCAU